UAUAAUUCUCCAUAUGUAUCAGUGUAUAAAUUUGUGAGUGAAUUAUAGCAAUUAGGUUGAAAGUCAGAUAAAUGGAGAAGAAAUCAUUCGGACUUUCCUUGUUGCUGCUUAUUGUAUUGACUUCUGAAGUGAUGGUGGUGCCAUCAGAAGGCAGGAUGUGUGAGUCACAAAGCCAUUCGUUUCAUGGAACAUGCUUUAGCAAUCACAACUGCGCUUCAGUGUGCAGGAAUGAAGGUAGAUUCUCCGGUGGUACAUGCAAAAUUCAAGGAUUACAUAUCCGCUGUUUUUGUACCAAGAAUUGCUGAUGCAUGUAAUAAGACGCCAUGUUUGGUUACGGGUGCACCCUUUUUUUUUUUUCACGAAAUAAAAUAUGCAUGUUCUUCCAUCUUGGGAGAAUUAUCAGACCUCUAUAUGUCGUCGUCUUUGUUUAAAAAUAAUGCAUCUUUUUUCUUUAA